CCCUGCAGCUUUUGACCGAAAAGCCAGCGCUUUCGCUGCUGUUGCAUGGAGGGUUAGUCGUGGUUGAAGUUGUGUUGCAAAAUAACUCUGUCAACUAAUACCACCGAGAGAAAAAUGGGCUGCGAAGACGAGGUAAUGAAGAUCGCUAAGCGCUUGGACAAAAUGGCCUCUGGGUCCAGCGACGACCAGACGCAGGCUUUGGAUCUCCUCAAGAAUCUUCAAGAGCUGCCAAUCACGCUGGAGAUCCUCCAGAGGACACGCAUUGGCAUGACAGUCAACUCAUUGCGCAAGUCAAGUAACGACGAGGAAGUGAUCACGUUGGCCAAAGUUCUCAUCAAAAGCUGGAAGAAGUUACUCUCGGGGACACCCAGCUCCAAGGAGGCCCCAGCCAAGGAGCCCGAGCCCAAGCCGAGUGCGUCAGCCAAGCAGUCAACAGCAGCCUCUGGCAGGCCCAAUGCCAAGCAAACUUCUUUCCCUGCUGACACCACCAAUGCUGUGCGGCUCAAGUGCCGUGAAUUGUUGAGCAGUGCACUCAAGUGUGAAGAUAUGCCUGAAGGGUGUAACACGGACAGCCUGGCUGCAAAGAUUGAGGAAAGUAUCUAUAAUGAGUUUGGUGACACAAACAAUAAAUACAAGAAUAGGGUGCGAAGCCGGGUCUCCAACCUGAAAGACAGCAAGAAUCCUGCCCUGCGACUUAACGUGUUGCAUGGUGCCAUUGAACCAGAGCGCAUUGCCCGAAUGACGGCCGAGGAGAUGGCGAGUGACGACAUGAAGCAGUUGCGGCAGCGCCUUACCAAGGAGGCCAUCAACGACCACCAGAUGGCAACAACCGGCGGCACGAAGACUGACCUGCUCAAAUGCGGCAAGUGCAAGAAGAACAACUGUACCUACAACCAGGUGCAGACACGCAGUGCCGAUGAACCCAUGACCACUUUCUGCUUCUGCAACGAGUGCGGCCACCGGUGGAAGUUCUGCUGAGCCCCAAGCAACGCUGGACACAUCUGAGUUGGCCACGCAAGCGCUCGUUUGGCCAAUGCAACGUAUCGCAGUUCAUCACACGUCCUCCCCCUCGUCCCCCCGCUUGGAUCAUGUUGCAUGCUCAAACACCAUCUGCAUCUUCUCAAAAAGAAAAACACGAUGCUGUGCUCCAUCCAGAUAAAAGCCAGCUGUUAUAUUUCUUUUCUCAUAGAUUAAGUUGGACAUCUGUUUUUAAGGCCCACGAGAGUAAAAGCUCUUGAAUAUCCAUAACCUUGUUAAAAAAGUCUUCAAGCUGCCCUUCUGAAAGCCAAAUGAAAAGUGCAAGCCCACUCAUUAGCAAGCAGGCAAGGCUCGGUUUUAAUUCAGUAGGAGAGCAAGAUAUGUUCAUGUGUGACACUGUAGUGCUCUAACCAGGCUAUACCAAAGCUGCUUGAUUCUGGGCCACAUUGUUGCAGUCUUUUGCAGCCAAAACUCUGGUAGCUUUGGAGUGUUCUCCUUGUGCAAACGCUGGGGUUGAUGUAGAUACCAAUCAAGGAAACCUUAAUCCUUUCUUUCGUUCCUUUUUAGUGCCCUGAGCAUAACCACCGAUGAAUCGCUGUUCUUCUGAAAGAAGCAUGUUAUGAUUUUCACGUGCUUGUCAAAUCAUCUGAGCACCAUCCAGUAAUAUAGUUAUGUACAUUACCUUAUUUGUGUGUCUGUUUUGUUUUUCUUUUUGUUGAGCAUGCCAAUUAUUUUAUUUAAUUCGGUUGCACUUGAAGAUAGUCACUUCAUCCAUAUUACUCUCGGAACAUGCAGCUUUUUUGUUGUAUGGCACUAUUCUACAUGUAGCAGCCACAUUAUAUGGGGCAUGGUUCUAAAGUACAAGCUGCAAAAAAUAUCUUGCAUCACUAGUAUGACAAAGGAGAUUGCAGUCGCUCGCUACUACGUGCCAGCCAGCAUCAGUCAAAGCAACGGCAUGAGGGCUUGCAUUUGUGCAAUACAUCUUUUUGUUCUUCGUGGUGAUGCUUAGUUAUCGCCCAUCCCAAUAGUUUGUCUGAAUAAAGCAUAAAGUUUGUGCACAUGG